UUGGUUAGAUUUUUGUGCGAGGGAGGGAGAGUCGAGUUGGUACUUGGUACUUGGUUACGUUUUCUGUCAUAGAAACUGUAGAAAUUUGUUUAUUUAAGAUAUUUUAUAAUUAAUUUUAAAAAAUGGUAAAAUUUAGCGUGGUUAAUUAUCGUAAAUCUCACCACACUUUCGACAUAUUAAUUUAAUAGAAUUUUACUAGGUUGUCAUUAUUGACAAGCAGGCCAGGAUGUCGAAACGUAUAGCUGAAGAUAGCGGCAAUGGCAGUAAUCAACCGCCGAUUAAGAAGGUUCACUUUGAACCACACCUAAUAGGUCCAGUGUCCACGCUGGAAGAAAUGGACAUAAAAGUCCUACAAUUCCAGAACAAAAAGUUAGCUCAGAGAAUAGAACAACGCCAUAGGUGUGAGGCUGAGCUACGAGCUAGGAUAGAACAGUUAGAGAAGCGCCAGACCCAGGAUGAUGCUGUAUUAUGUGUUGUCAACAGAUACUGGAAUUUAUUAAAUGAAGAUAUUAGAGUAUUGUUGCAAAGGUUUGAUGCAGAAACAGCUGAUGAAUCUGAGAACAAAAAUGAGAAUGAAGCUACCACAUCCUUUCUUAUGCAAUUAUCAACUUGGGAUAAAGAAGAAUUGGACGCUCAACUGGCAAACAGAGUACAAGUGAGCAAAAGAGCAGUAGCAAAAGUGUUACAGGCUUUUGACAGGCUGCAGCAGAGAAAUGAUAAAAUAUGGAGGGCAAUAAAAGGAGAAGGGGAAGAAGGUGCCCCAGCUCCGUCCCUUGAUGAAACAAUAAGGGCAACAAAUGAGGAAGUUACUGCAGAGAACCGUCGGCUUCAAGCCCUCAGUACCACAUUACAUGAGAGCCAUCAUACCAUGACAUUGAGAGUUGCCCAGUUACAGGACGCAGUUAACAGUCGGGAUACUGAGAAUGCUGAGUUGAAGAACCAGAUUGAUGACCUGCAAUAUGAGUUAAUGAAGAUUCGUUCCCGAAAUGAUAAGCUAGAGAAUCACUUAGCAGAAGCAAUUGAGAAAUUAAAGAGCUACCAUCAAUCAGGCACAACAGCCACUACUACUUGUGCUCCGACACCUCAUUCAGCGUUGGCUAAUGCCAAGUUGGAAGACAUUGCGGCAGAAUUGGAAGAGCAGAGGGAAUUAGCUAAUAAUAGACUGGCGGAACUGGACAGAUUACAUAGACAACAUAGGGAUACAUUGAAGGAGUUGGAGAAAUUGAAAAUGGAUAUACGCCAAUUGCCAGAAUCUGUGAUAGUAGAGACGACAGAGUAUAAAUGUCUUCAGAGUCAAUUCUCUGUACUCUACAAUGAGUCGAUGCAAAUGAAGACUGCGUUAGAUGAAACAAGACUACAACUACAAAAUGCUAAGAACCUCCAUAUGAGACAAAUAGAAAUAAUGGAGAGUGAAGAGUUGGCAAGGCAGAAAGCGUUGAGAGCAGAAAUGAUACAAUUGGAGGAUGUCCUCGGGCAACUCCGGAAAGAGUAUGAGAUGUUACGAAUAGAGUUUGAGCAGAAUCUCGCAGCAAAUGAACAGACAGGACCGAUUAAUAGAGAAAUGAGGCAUUUGAUAACAUCCCUUCAGAAUCAUAAUCAACAAUUAAAAGGCGAGGUACAUAGGUAUAAGCGGAAAUAUAAGGAUUCUAGUCAGGAACUAAAUAAGCUCCGUAAAGAGAUGGAAGAGUCCAAUGUUAGGCCACCACCAGACCAAGCCGAUGAGAAGCCUCUGGCUGUUAAGAAGGAAGAGCCAGAUCCAGAGAGUGAAGAGGGCGCCAGUAGCGGUGGCGGCGAGAGUAAGCACUCCGUCCCGAAGGACCAUGGACGAGCUAAGAUACAGGAACAAGAACUCAUUAUUAAGGAUCUCAAACAACAGCUUAAGAAGGCUGUAAACGAGCAGAAAGAGCUGAAGCUCCUCCUGGAUAUGUACAAAGGAGUGAGCAAAGAGCAAAGGGACAAAGUGCAAUUGAUGGCCGCAGAACGAAAAGCCAGACAGGAAUUGGAAGAUCAUAGGCAGAAAGCUAAAAUGGCACAGGAAAGUAAAAGGGAGCGUCGUAUGGCAGACGAAGACGCGCUGCGGAAGAUCAAACAGCUGGAAGAGCAGAAAUACGAACUCCAGAAGCAGCUCUCUUGCGCCCGGCCUAAUGCAGAUCCCUUGCAUGGCUUCACCAGGCCUUUUGCUGGAUCACAGGAAGAAGAAGCCCUACUUAAUGAGAUGGAGGUAACGGGUCAGGCGUUCGAAGACAUGCAAGAACAGAACUCGAGACUCAUCCAGCAGUUGAGGGAAAAGGACGAUGCCAACUUUAAACUGAUGUCGGAGAGAAUUAAGGCCAAUUCUCUGCAUAAAUUACUUCGGGAAGAGAAACAGCUUUUGCAGGAACAGGUAGUCACCCGUGACCAACAAAUAGAGUCCAUGGGUCUGGUGGCCCGAAGGUUAGAAGAGAAAGAGAGAUUGCUCCAAGCGACCCUAUCUGCCGUGGAGAAGGAACUGCUUCUUCGGCAGCAGGCGAUGGAAAUGCACAAGCGGAAAGCCAUUGAGUCGGCUCAAUCCGCUGCUGAUCUCAAAUUGCAUCUUGAAAAGUACCACGCGCAAAUGAAGGAGGCGCAACAAGUGGUCGCCGAAAAGACGAGCGCGCUCGAAGCUGAAGCGUACAAAACAAAAAGACUUCAUGAGGAGUUAGCCAUACUCCGUCGGAAGGCAGAGAGAAUGAAGAAGAUGGAGCAGGCUGGUAGCAGUAUGGAUGAAGUGCUGCUAGAAGAGAUCCGCGAAUAUAAGGAGACCCUCACUUGCCCUUCUUGCAAGGUAAAACGCAAGGACGCCGUGUUAACGAAGUGUUUCCACGUCUUUUGCUGGGAUUGUCUGCGGACGCGUUACGAGACGCGACAAAGGAAAUGUCCAAAAUGCAACGCCGCCUUUGGAGCCAAUGACUACCACAGAUUAUAUCUAUCGACGUAGAUGACACAUGAUGUGACAGAGACAGGUGGAUAUUCGAUUUUUAAAUUAAAUGACAUUGACUAGCCGUUUGUCAUUUAGUUUUUUUAAACAUGGCCGUGGAUACAAGUCCUUCAGUCAUUCACAGCUUUUUUACGCGCAGUGUUACCGCUGAUGGUCUAACUGUUUGUAUUAUUUAAUUUUUAAUUUAACAAACAUUGUUUAUGCAAUUUGACUCAAAAAGGGUUAUUAAAGGUAACGCUAACCUCAAACUAAUUUGAGUUCUGAAACGUUUGUUAAACUUAGACAAUUUAAAGGUUUAGUUCUUAUUAAUUUUCGGCAAAUCAUUGGCAGUUCUUAUAUUUUAACGAAUAUAUAGAUAAUAUAAUAACUCAAAGGCCGGGCUCCCACUACGCCGGACAGGCAGAUCUGGCGAAGCCUGUGAACUGCCGGAAGAGCUAGUGGCUGUAAUUUUUAUAAAGCUAUUCACAUUAUCCCCACUCCAUUUUUGCCCAAGGCAUUUUUACCAAGUGUCUUGACACUACGAAGCGUCGGUAGAAUCACGGGACCGGAGUAUUGUGAACGAGUCUGUGCCGGUAUUUGACGCCGCUCCCCCGCCCGUGCCCCUCACGUCAUGCGGUUCGCACUUUCUGAAUCUUAAUCUUUUUGGAACUACCCUUUUUGCCUUCUAUUAAGAUACCACCACAACACAGAAAUUUUGUCGUCCAUUGAGCGCACAGGUCCAAAUUCAACUGAGGUGAGUACCUGACUGUCUCUUUCGAUUUUCUUGAAGGAUCCGCUGUAAUGUUAACACUCUAUCCGGUGUCUGAUUUUCGCCAGAUCUACCGGACCAGCGUAGUGGAAUCCCAAAAGAGUUAAUACCACCGCCGCACACACCUUUAACAUGAAUUUAUUAGCGAGAUAUGCUAUUUAACAAGGAAAUAAGAAUAUGAUCUCAAGUCAUGUUUUUGUAUUUAAACCUAUAUAGGUUAAUAUUUUCAAUAAUAAUGAUUGAUAAAUCACAAAGCAGUACAUUAAUCGCUUACAUUAAUUUAUUUAAAAAUAACGCUUACAAGAAACGAUUUUCGGCUUAAAAAACAUCUUUAUGUACAUAAUUUUAAAUUCUUCAUACUUCUAUAACCGCCUUAAUACUGAUGGAGGUUUACUUACGUAUUUUAAAAAAUAUCUCGCUCCACGGUUAAUAUCGCCUUAUGUCAUAUGGACUCUAUUGUACUCAUUACAAGAUUCUAUUGUCUUAGAAUAGUGAUUUGAAUAUAUAUAAUAACUAUUGUGAUAGCCGGGUUAAAAUUGACGGGGAGUUUAUUGCCAGUUCUCCGUUACACCCUUCAGGAACUGGCAUUAUAUGUUAGAGAUAUUGAUUUUUAAUGCAAUAGCUAAAAUUUCUUCGCGUUCCUUUAGCAAAUACUUAUAACUGAAACAUAUAAAGUGUCUUCAAAGUAAAUAGUAUCGUCCAAACGAUUGUCAUAUUUAUGAAUAAAAUCUUAUAACUUUUGCUGGAUUUACAAUUUGAAGAGUUAGUAUAGGAAAAUGCUAAAUAUGCUUGAAAAUGAAAUAUUUUGUUCGUUUUACCCUUGUUUCUGUGUUUACGAGGUGAAUAAAAUCGUUUAACGUAACAGACUUGUCAAUAAGUUAAAUGAUAACUUAUUUCGAAUAAUAACUGAAUGAGUGUCAAGUAGGAUUUAGCUGGGAGAGUUAAGGGUUGACGAGAACGAGAUUUAGCGCUAUGUGAUUUCCGAACGUCAAAAAUUUAUUGGAUUUUGAUAUACAGGUUCACAUAGUUGCUAAAUUCUUAUCUGUACUUUCGUUCGGUUGAAUUUUAAUGAUUAUGUUAUAAACUUAAUGUAGGUAGAUAAUAGGUAGUUAGAAAAUUUCACGCCUCUGUAAUGCCUUCAGCGAUUGAUAGCGAGUUAUUGAGAUGCCCUCUCAAUAAAAAAAAUACAAAAAUCAUUCUUGAUUGGUGCGUCUCUACAAAGAACUUCUAUUGCAAAUAUUUGGACUGCAGAUGUGAUAAAUGCAAUUUCGCGAUACGAAUGCUGAAUUUGAUCGCUAUGAAAUUUACGAGGCCGUUUCAAAAGUAAUAAACUUCAGUUAAAUUUUUCAAGUUUUGAUACAUUCAUGUUCUUUUUAGUUAAAAGAUCUCGUUGAAGAUCGAUGCAACCAUUCAUUCCGUAUUAUAGUGAAUUUUCCAUUAAUGAUGAAAUCGAUUAAUUUAUGCAUUUGGCGAUCGUUCGCCCAUAUGUCGUUGUAUAUUGAGAAAGAAUCGAACAAGUAUUGUUUAUUUGUUAGUUUUAAGUGAUGAACCGUAGAUGUGUUGUGGGCUUAUGAUAAAAACACUUCUUAUAAAGGACAUUAAGAACGUUACUUCUUAAAUUAUUGAAUGCAAAUGGUUUUGUAUUAGUAUAGUAAGUUAUUAGUGCUAAUCUCAACUUGUGCGUUCAUAUUAAUAUUAUUUUUUCUAAAUUAACACUUAAAACGUCGUCGAACCAAUGGACGUGUGUCAGAGAGAGUUGAGCUAAUCGAAAUAUAAACAGAAAUUUGAUAUCAUGAUCUUCUCUGUUGUAUAAUUUAACUUUGGUAUAAUUGUUCUAAUAAAAGGUUACUGAUAAAACGUGGUAGACUAGCGCCAAUAAAUGUAUGAGAAAAAAAAAAAAAGAUAUCGAAUUUAACUAUUGUAUAAUUGUUCUAAUACGCUCACAACAUAUCUGUAUUGUUGUAGAUAGACAAAUAGCUUGCAGCCCACUGACUGAUGUAUUUAUACUUAAGGUAUAUGUAGAAGUUAAUUCUGCUUAGUGAAUGUUAGAAAUUAUGAUAAUUUUUCUCAUGGGCCGCGUUUUUAAAGUGAAAUAUUGUAUAUUUAUUUCUAUCACACUGGUGUAAACAUUUUUUACUUUUCUAUACUGCAAGUGGUAACUUUGAAGCACCUUAUAGGUGAUAAAUGUUAUUUUAAUAUAUAUUGUAUCGUAUUAUUGGAUUUGGUAAAAUACUUCGUCAGUGUAACACGUAUAAGGAUCUUUUGAUCGUUCAAGUAUUACGUAACGAAUUUGUUGUCCCCUUGUAAUACGUUACGAUGAAUCGGGAAUUGAAUUACGCAUUAUUGUUAAUAUUAUUUUCCAGUACUUUACACCACAUAAUGGUAAUUUUGAGGUAUAAACGGUCAUUGGGGUUGGUCACGAAACGUUUUACUAUUGGAUACAGAAACGGCGCGUUUCAUGGGGGGUGGGGAGUCACGAAUCUCCAAAAAUUGCGUGACGUAAUACUUGAACGCUCUCUUAGUAGUUGAUGGACCGACGUGUUUCUCUGGCACCGCUCUUAGAAAAAGGAUUUUAUUAUAUGUCGGUUUCGUAUUCUCUACAGCAGUGAUUAAUACUAUUUCGUAUCAGGUGCAUUUUGGCACUUCAUUGACGUAAGAGUAAUACACGAUAUUCAAAGAUUAUAUUCUAUUUCUUAAACGCGAAAGUUCAUUGUUGUAAAUGCGUAAGUAAAAAUCCUUAGACGUGUUGCCCAUAAAACGACGUAAAUUUCCAUUUCGGGCUGUUGAUUAAAAAUUUAACCUCAUGGUUAGGAGAUUAUCUGAUCGUAUUAACCCUUAGAUACACGGUUCAGUAUUUAAAGUUUCCGCUUGUCAAGCUUUUGUAGAUAAUUUUAUGUUUAUUAUAAAUCAAGUAAAUUUAAGGGUUGUAAAUAAUACGUUUAUACAUUGUAUAAUUGCCGGUUCGGUCUAUCGUGCCGUGACUUGUUCAUGUAUUUCAAUGUAAAGGCUGCGAAAUCUAAGUUAAUGUAAUUCAAUGUAAAGGCUGCGAAAUCUAAAAUUACCUUCGAUGUAAUAACUGGUGUAAUAAUUAAAAGUUCUUUAAAACGAAA